GUCUAAAAAAAUUUACUAUUGUGGAUGAUACAUUGAAAAAAAUCGGAACAACAACAGAUUAUAAUAAACUGCAUAUGAGAAUAUUAUGGCUCGUCUUAGGCUGGUCUAUGAUAAUCACGUACCUGACCCUUUUGGAAACUAUAUGUUUAAAAAAGGAGUUGAAUUUUAACACUGCAAAAGGCAUUUAUACAAGUUUUAUGAUAAAUUACUCCAGCCAUAUUAAUUUUAUCAGCAUUUUGAUUUUCAUCAAUAUCCUUGGAUACGUAAGAUUAAAGUUUGAUCAAAUUAACCAAAAUCUUCUGGAUUUUACAAAAAGUAACAAACUUGCAACAAAGAGAGCUUGGGAAAAUUCCAUAUCGCUUUCACACAAAUGCAAAUUUCGAAAGACUCGAAAUAGCGAAUGGGUGAUAUGGAUUAUAAUACAGCUUCAUUUAGAGUUGCGUAAAAUAUGUCAUGAGAUAGACGCAAUAUUCGGAAUGGGAAUAACAAUGUCUACAGGAGGUUACUGUUGUUGGUUAGCGCAAAUUCUUCGUGAAAUAUUCCGCACAAUAUUCGACAACAAUUAUUCAACUAGCAGAAUGCAACAUAUUUUAUUAAAUUUCUCUUGGUUUUCCAUUUUCUUCUUCAAACUUCUUCUUCUUAAUGUCAUGUGUGAAAGUAUCAACUUCAAGGCAAAUGCAACAGGAGAUUUAAUAAAUAGAAUAUCAUAUUCCAUUUGUGAUGUUGAAAUCCGUGAAAAUAUAUCGCAGUUUCUAUUGCAAAUAGCUCAAGCACCAAUUAGAUUCUACGGAAUUGGACUUUUUCAAUUUGGCUACAAGUUUCUAUACAAGUUCUUCCAAUAUAUUGUGACCGUUUUAAUUAUAUUAGCACAAAAUUAUACAAAUAUGUAAGCAAUUGCAAAAGUCAUGUCUAAUAUAACAAGUAAAUAAUUUUUA